UAUCCUGGAUGAAAAGGAAAAAUGGUCAAAUGAUAAUUGUGUUAAAAAAGAAAAAGAGAGAGAGAGAGAUGCUGAAAAGUCCACCACCGUCACCAUCUCAAUUUCAGUAUUCCCUUACCAAAGAAGCUCGCUCUUUCUUUAGCAAACCAAACACAUCAAAUUCCCCAAAUUAAAACCUCAACAAAAUCAAAAACAUUUAAGAGGAGAGAAAAUUACAGUUGGGCUUACAAACAAACAUCAAACCUUAUCAUUAAUUUCCCCCCCUAAAAUUGUUGUUUUCCUCUUUUCGGUUGAGGGUUGGCUUGUUCCAACGUGGCAUGGGAUGCGUAAAAACCUAAAAUUGGAGUAUGACAAACACCUCAGUUCAUAAUUGUAUUAGUGAAAUUGUAGUAGUAGGAGUCUCUGGCAUGUCGGUGAGGAGGACAUGGAUGAACUUCCAGGGACUAUGGGUACUAGUGCUAGCCUGGCUUUGAGAUUAGGACAAGCUGCUUUCUCCGUUGCUUCACUGCUUUUCAUGUGUUUGGAUAUUCCUUUUUACAGCUUCACUUCUUUCUGCCUUUUGGUGACAGUUAUGGGUUUGGUUAUGGCGUGGAGCUUGACACUAGCAAUGGUGGAUGCUUUCUCUGUUAUUAUCAAACGCCCAUCUCGUCAGCCUGGAUUAAUCUCACUUGUUGUAUUAGGAGAUUGGGUCCUGUCAUUUCUGUCACUAGCUGCAUCAUGUUCAACAGCUAGUGUGGCUGACUGGCUUAUUCAUUCACAUAGAUCAAUAUGCGAGGGAAAUUUAUGCACCCGUUAUCAGUUCUCCGCUGCCAUGGCUCUCUUGUCUUGGUUUCUGACAUUUGCGUCAUCGCUCUUCAAUCUUUGGAUUCUUCCCAGCUUAUAAUACUCAAUACAUCUCUCUGUUGCAAUGUCGAGAUAUUCAGAAUAUCCCUGAUGGAAUUUACACGGCUUUGUAAAUAAAUGGCACAACUUCCAUAUAGUAUAUUGGAGUUCAUAUAUAGUUAACUGUAAAUGGAACACAAAGUUCAGAAUAAGAAAAUGUACUACUAUAGAAGUGAAGUAAUAUCAGUGAUCCAUUGUUGGACAAAAUGUAAAAAAAAUUUGACUCUGAUGCUUAUUGCUUCAGUCAAUUAUGGUGAAGGCAGUUGAAAUCAAAGUUUCAUGAA